CUCCAUUCUCUCUUCAUCCACAUCCACAUCAAUCACUCCCUCUCUCUCUCUCUCUCUCUUCAAUAAUGGCUUCUCAAUAUCUCAUUGUAGUGAAGUUCUUGGCUCUAAUUUCUCUCUUUAACAUCUCUUCUGCUUCAAGACUCCUCAGCACUCCGCUCCAAGACCCACAAGACCAGCUCCUCCGUUACCACAAUGGCGCCCUUCUCCACGGCACAAUCGCUGUUAAUCUCAUUUGGUACGGCAACUUCAAGCCUUCCCAGAGGGCCAUUGUCGCUGAUUUCAUCACCUCCCUGUCGGUUUCGUCGCCCACUCAACCAUCCGUUGCCGCCUGGUGGAAGGCCAUCGAGAAAUACUACCACCUCGCGGGCUCCAAGACCUCAUCCUCAGCCCUCUCCCUCUACUUGGGGAAACAACUCCUCGACGACACCUACUCCCUCGGAAAAUCUCUCUCCCAGAAGCAGAUCGUUCAGUUGGCCUCGAGGGGCGACCAGAAGAACGCCAUCAACGUCGUUCUCACGGCCGCCGACGUCACCGUGGAUGGCUUCUGCGUCAACCGCUGCGGGACCCACGGUUCCAAGAGCGCCCUGGUGAAGGGAAAGAAGUACAAGUUUGCGUACAUAUGGGUUGGGAACUCGGAGAGUCAGUGCCCGGGCUACUGCGCGUGGCCCUUCCAUCAGCCCAUUUACGGCCCACAGAGCCCACCACUGGUUGCGCCCAACAACGAUGUGGGCCUGGACGGUAUCGUCAUGAAUUUGGGUGGGCUUCUGGCGGGUACUGCAACCAACCCAUUUGGAAAUGGGUUCUAUCAAGGCUCAACUGCUGCCCCAUUGGAGGCUGCAUCUGCCUGCCCCGGAGUCUACGCUAAGGGAGCGUACCCUGGUUAUGCUGGGGAUCUGUUGGUGGACCCCCAGAGUGGUGCUAGCUACAAUGCGCACGGUGCGAAUGGGCGGAAAUACCUGCUCCCAGCUAUAUAUGAUCCUUCCACAUCCAAAUGCUCCACUUUAGUUUAAGAAUUUGUUAUAUAUAUAUAUGUAGGAUAGAAAUCUAUGCAUAUAUUGCCAAUUGAAUUCUUUUAUUUGUUUAUUGUUUUAUUUUGAAAUAUAAAAAGAAAUUACUUAUA